AUGGGAAAACUCUCAUACCCCAUUUUGUUGGUGAAUCUCACUGUUAUGGGAACAUCUCAGAGUUCGCAGAGGUUACCCGUUCAUGUGUCUUCAAGAAAUGCGUUUGAAGCUUAUCUCUAUGAUUUAUUCAUGUGUUAUAUGGCGGCCAUCGUCUUAUAUUUGAUUGUUUAUGAGCCGUUUGCGAAAUUGACCAAUAAUCUGUUAAAAGGAAAAGUUUUAUCCCGUCGACCAAAAAUGGAACAUCGAUCGAAAAAACAACUACCUGAAGCAGUAAAACUAUUAAAAAAGACUUAA